AGACGCGAGGAGGGAGGCGGCCGAGCAGCGCAGGCGGCUCUGCGGCGGGCGCGGUGGGCGCGGGCGGCGGGGCCCCGGGAUCCCCGCGCGCCUCCUCGGCGCGGCGCCGCCGCCGCGCGUCCCCACGCCCCGCGCUCCACGGCGCCCUCGCCCCGCGCGCCUCCCGUGCCCGCCUCCCGCCAGCCUCCGGGCCGCAGCCGUCUGCGGAGCGAGCGCUCAGACGGAGCCCCCGGGCAACUUGAGCUGCGCCGAUCGGCGGCAGAGCCCCCGAUCCAGCGGCGCGCCGAGGGGACCCGCGUCCGCCCGCGUCGCCGUUGCCCAAAGCCCCAGGCAGCGCCGCCCCCUCGGCGCGGAGCUCCGGCUGGGGGCAAGAGCCGCGCGCCGCGAGACACGCACCGUGCGCGGCGGCGCCGCCGGCCUCCCUCCUCGCCGCCCCGGAGGGCGAAGCCGCGGCUCCUCAGACCCUAGCCGCGCGGCGACAGCGCCGGAAUACGCCCCACCUCGCGCCGCCUUCGCUGUGUCGCCCCCGGAGGGGGCCGCGAGCCCCGCGCCCCGGCCGGAGGAUGUGCGCCCCCGCGGGCCGCCCCGCCUGAGCCAUGCGCCCCAACGGCGGCGGCGCGCCGGCCGGCAUGGAGCCCCGCGCGGCCGCGCUCUGACUCGCUGUGCGCCCCGCGGCCGGCGGGCGGCGGGCGGCGGCGGACCGAGAGCCGGAGACCGGCGCCGCGGGACGGAAGCGAGCGGGCGCGGGCGCCGCGCAGAUGGCCCGGGCGAGCCAGGUCUGAGGCCCCGCUCCCCGAAACGUGACCAUGUGGAUUCAACAGCUUUUAGGACUCAGCUCCAUGUCCACCCCCUGGCCGGGCUGCUCCCUCGGAAGCCAUGCUUGGAUACUGAUAGCCAUGUUCCAGCUCGCCGUGGAUUUCCCCCCCUGUGAGGCCCUGGGCCCCGGCCCCGAGUUCCGGCUCCUGCCGCGCCCGUCGCCCCGGCCGCCCCGGUUGUGGAGUUUUAAAAGCGGACAGCCAGCGCGGGUCCCGGCCCCCCUGUGGAGCCCCCGGCCACCCCGCCUGGAGCGGAUUCACGGGCAAAUGCAGACUCCCCGGGCCAAACGGGCCAACAGGCCCAGGGACCAGGUGUCCGCGCUCGUGCCCAAAGGGGGGCUCUCCAAGCCCCCGGCUGCAGCCAGAUCCAGCCCCUCCCUCGCCGCCCCCUCCUCGUCCUCGCCCCCCGUGGCCGGCGGGGCCACGGAACAGCAGGCCCUGCUGAGGAGGGGGCGGAGGAACCUGCAGGGGGAUGGUCUCGGCGGCUUUGGCUUCAGAGGCGGCCGGCCCACCACGGAGGCUGAGUUCAUCGCCUGGGGGCCCACGGGGGACGAGGAGGGCCUGGAGUCCAACACGUUUCCGGGCGUUUACGGCCCCACCACGGUCUCCAUCUUACAAACGCGGAAGACAACUGUGGCCGCCACCACCACCACCACCACGGCCACCCCCACCACGCUGCAGACUAAGGGGUUCACCGAGUCCCUGGAUCCCCGGAAACGGAUCCCGGUCGGGGUUAGCACAACAGAGCCUUCCACCAGUCCCAGCAGCGACGGGCAAGGCCUCAAGCCCCCGCGGAUCCUCGGGGAGACCUCAGGUCUGGCCGUGCAUCAGGUCAUCACCAUCACCGUCUCGCUCAUCAUGGUCAUAGCUGCUCUCAUCACAACUCUUGUCUUAAAAAAUUGCUGUGCCCAGAGCGGGAACACACGGAGGAACAGCCACCAGCGGAAGACCAACCAGCAGGAGGAGAGCUGCCAGAACCUGACCGACUUCACCUCGGCCCGCGUGGCCAGCAGCCUGGACAUCUUCACGGCCUACAACGAGACCCUCCAGUGUUCGCACGAGUGCGUCAGGGCGUCUGUCCCCGUGUACACCGACGAGACGCUGCGCCCGGCGGGGGAGUACAAGUCCACGUUCAAUGGAAACCGGCCCUCCUCCUCCGAUCGGCAUCUCAUUCCCGUGGCCUUUGUGUCUGAGAAAUGGUUUGAAAUCUCCUGCUGACUGGCCGAAGCCUUUUUUACCUCCUGGGGGCAGGGCAGACGCCGCGUGUCUAUUCCAUGG